CCCACGUGGCUGCCAGGGCCCUGCUCGCCCCAGCCCCGCCCGCCGGCGGCCGCGCGAACUGCAAGGGGAGGCCGGCGCUCCCGGUCCCCCGAGCCCCCGAGCCCCGCGCGCUAUGGCGGGCGCCCCGCUAGUCCGCAGCUCCGCGGCCGCCGGCUAGCCGGGCUGCGCGGUCCCUGCUGCCCUACUCCUUCCCCCCGCGUCCCGGGCCUCGGAGCCGCGCUGGGGAGGAUGAGUCCCUGGAGCUGGUUCCUGCUGCCGACCCUCUGCCUCCUGCCCACGGGCGCAGACCCGCGGCGCGGCGCGCCUGCCUCCGCCAACUGCGAGCUCAAGCCCCAGCAAACUGAAUUGAAUUCCUUCUUGUGGACCAUAAAGCGAGACCCGCCAUCUUACUUCUUUGGCACGAUCCAUGUUCCGUACACGCGGGUUUGGGACUUCAUCCCAGACAACUCCAAGGAAGCUUUUCAGCAGAGCAGCAUUGUGUACUUCGAGCUGGACCUCACUGACCCCUACACAAUCUCAGCCCUCACUAGCUGUCAGAUGCUGCCACAGGGAGAGAACCUCCAGGACGUGCUCCCCCGGGACAUCUACUGCCGCCUCAAGCGGCACCUAGAGUAUGUCAAGCUCAUGAUGCCCUCAUGGAUGACGCCGGACCAGCGUGGCAAAGGCCUCUAUGCCGACUACCUCUUCAAUGCCAUUGCGGGGAACUGGGAGCGGAAGAGGCCCAUCUGGGUGAUGCUUAUGGUCAACUCCCUGACGGAAGUGGACAUUAAGUCCCGUGGGGUGCCUGUCUUAGACCUGUACCUUGCGCAGGAGGCUGAGCGGCUGAGGAAGCAGACUGGGGCUGUGGAAAAGGUAGAAGAGCAGUGCCAUCCACUGAAUGGGCUGAACUUCUCACAGGUCAUCUUUGCUUUGAACCAGACCCUCCUGCAGCAGGAGAGCCUUCGAGCAGGCAGCCUUCAGAUUCCCUACACGACGGAGGAUCUCAUCAAACACUAUAACUGUGGGGACCUCAGCUCUGUCAUCUUCAGCCAUGACAGCUCCCAGGCGGAGGUUCCCAAUUUUAUUAAGGCCACACUGCCGCCCCAGGAGCGCGUCACGGCGCAGGAGAUCGACAGCUACUUCCGCCAGGAGCUUAUCUACAAGCGGAAUGAGAGAAUGGGGAAGCGGGUGAAGGCGCUCUUGGAAGAGUUUCCUGAUAAAGGCUUUUUCUUUGCCUUUGGAGCUGGUCAUUUCAUGGGCAACAACACAGUACUUGAUGUCUUGCGGCGCGAAGGCUAUGAGGUAGAACACGCCCCCGCUGGACGACCCAUCAACAAAGAGAAGCGCCAAACUCCGUCCUCGGGGCCCACCUUCUCGUCGGUCUUCGCUCCGGAAGUGCCCGCUGUGGACGUCCGAGCUCCGGAAGCUGCGUUGGCGGCCCACUCGCUGUUUCUGCCUCACGUGCCCCCGCCCGGAAGUGCCGACCUGGGUGGCGGGGCGGAGCCGAAGUAUCGGAAGAAGCGGAGGCGGCCACGCCCACAGCGAAGGCAGCGGCUUAGGCAGUUCAGUGAUCUGUGGGUUCGACUGGAGGAACGUGUCAUGGUCCCACAGCUGCAGGUCCCCAUUCUGGAUAGGUCCGUCUCUGCCGAGCUCCAGCUCCUUCACCGUGGGCAUUCCCACCACAGCCAGAUGGUGGCCAGCAGUGCCUGCCUGUCUCUCUGGACUCCUCUGUUCUGGGUGCUGGCGCUGGCUUUCCAAACAGAGGCACCCCUCCUGUAAUGACUGGAGGGGCCAGGCCAAGCCCCUGACCCCGUGGACUUGAAGGAUGGCCAUACCUGUACUCCACACUCUGGUCCAGCCUUGAUAGGCCCAACCCAAGAAAAGAGAGUAAAAUGCCGUGUUGGUUCUUCUUUGUCCAAGAAUUGACUUUGGGUUAUCCAGCAGUGCUUGGGGUAGGUGUACAGUUUUGUAAUAUAAUGAGUUGUAUGAAAAUAAUUAUAAAUGUAUUAUAUGAAAAUAAUUAAAUACAUUUUCUGUAUAGGCUUUUUCCUACAAUGUGUAUAUAUUAUGCAAACAACUCUUGCUCACACCCUCUGGAUACUAUCACCGCUUCACUCCUGGGCUCUGCUCCUGGCCUCCUGCCACUUUGGAUCCUGACCCUGUUCUCCUUCCUGCUGCUCCUCUUCCUACUCACUGCGGGUUCUGGAUUCUGGGGAGUCAGUAGGCCGCAGGACCUUUGUUUACUCCUCUCUAUUUCAGGUCUGUGAUUAGGGUGCUUCCUGCACUCUGGCAAGCGCUUUAAUUACGUAUAAUGGGUCUCACCGGCAUGCUGAAGACUGGGUGAAUGGGUGAGUUUUGUCAAAGGGGCUGUGCAAGAAAGUGGUUUCCAGGGGAGCCUGGGUGGCUCAGUGGGUUAAGCCGCUGCCUUCGGCUCAGGUCAUGAUCUCAG